CAAAUGAUCCAAAUGAUCCUCAAAAAGCAAAUGAUCCAAAUGAUCCACAAAAAGCAAAUGAUGCAAAUGAUGCAAAUGAUCUACAAAAAGCAAAUGAUCCAAAUGAUCCACAAAAAGGAAAUGAUCCAAAUGAUCCACAAAAAGCAAAUGAUCCAAAUGGUCUACAAAAAGCAAAUGAUCCAAAUGAUCUACAAAAAGCAAAUGAUCUAAAAUGAUCCACAAAAAGCAAAUGAUCCAAAUGAUCCACAAAAAGCAAAUGAUCCAAAUGAUCCACAAAAAGCAAAUGAUCCAAAUGAUCUACAAAAAGCAAAUGAUCCAAAUGAUCCACAAAAAGCAAAUGAUCCAAAUGAUCCACAAAAAGCAAAUGAUCCAAAUGAUCCACAAAAAGCAAAUGAUCCAAAUGAUCCACAAAAAGCAAAUGAUCCAAAUGAUCUACAAAAAGCAAAUGAUCUAAAAUGA